UUGGACAUAUUCUGCAAAAAGGAAACAGAGGGAGAAAAAAAAUAAAACUUUGCAAAGUUAUCACAGAGACAAUAGUGAUUUUUGCAGUGGGAUUUGUUUAAACAAAAGGAUCCUUUUUUUUUUUUUUUUUUUUAAAUGUUAUUUUGUACAGUAACUUGCAAGUGGAGGGAUUAAGGAUAUAAUUCAAGAGUUUGGGAAACUCUGACACUUAGAGACAAAUUACAUCACCAUGGACAAUAAGGCUACCUACCUUCACACAUUUGAUGAGAAGGAAAACGGUUCCGUCUUCGAGGAAUCUUUUGAGGGUAGAAACCUUUCCAAGAUGAACCUCUGUGAUGGGGGUCCAUCAGGUGGCAGAAGACCAUCAAGACGAUGCGGCCAGCUUGGUUCUAUAGCGGCUCUGAAGUACGCUGUGGUUGGCCUGUAUUUGUUGGUAUUUCUCAUCCUUGUUGGUGUUUUCAUUCUUGCAGUAUCAAGACCCCAGAGUUCCCCUGAAGAUUUAAAAGCAUUAACCAGCAAUGUAAAUCAAUUAAACGAGAGCCUCAGAGACCUGCAGUUCAAGCUGAUGCACCUCUCCUUCAAGAACGACUUCAUGGAUCAGGUGUGGAAACUUCAGGAUCUUUUCCAAAACCACACCGACUCACUGUUUCAGCUGACCGAAUCACUACAGAAAUUUGAGGAAAAGCUAAGCAAUCUUCAGAAUAUAGCCAGUCAAACUGACUCAGUGGUCACCAACUUAGGAACUAGCCUAAACCAGUUAAGUGACUCACACAAUUUAGAAGUAUAUCGUCUUUCUACAGAGGUCAAUAGCAGUAGAUAUAUGACAAAUCACCAUGACAACCUAUUACAGGAAUUAUCCACAAAAGUUGAAGGGCUUGUAGACAAUAUAAGUGACUUUUUAAGAACUAUAAAUGCUAUCAACUCAACUAUCUCUUAUGACAUGGGCAUUCACCAUACAAGCAUACAAGAUCUUCAAAGUCUGAUAACUAAUGUGACUGAAGACACCAGGCACAUGAGACUUAAUCAUAUAGUUAUGGAGCAACAGCUAAAGCAUGAGAUGGGCCUCCUUAAUAACAUCACAGAAGAUCUGCGCCUUAAGGACUGGGAGCACUCUUUAGCCUUGAGAAACCUCACAAUACUACGAGGUCCUCCUGGGCAAAAGGGUGAACAAGGCAAUGAAGGAAUGGAGGGUGAGACGGGAGCCCCUGGUUUACCAGGAUUACGAGGGUAUCCUGGUGAGAGGGGCCUACCUGGGUUAACUGGUCUGAAAGGAGAUCAAGGAGAUAUUGGUGCACCAGGCCCUACUGGACCCAGAGGGUUUAAAGGUGAUCGUGGACCAAAAGGUGACAAGGGUGAUAAAGCGGACACAGCUCUGGUAGAGGAAAGUGUGAUUAGACUGGUGAACGGUUCUGGACCUCAUGAAGGACGAGUAGAAGUGUUUCAUGAUAAAAAAUGGGGAACUGUAUGUGACGACAGCUGGGACAAGAAAGAUGGGGACGUAGUUUGCAGGAUGUUGGGUUACAAAGGAGCGGAGGAGGUGUACAGGACUGCCAGAUUUGGUCAAGGUGUUGGACGUAUCUGGUUGGAUGAUGUUGCUUGCAAAGGGACCGAACAGUCAAUUCUAAAUUGUACUUCCUCAAGCUGGGGCAAAACAAACUGCGGGCAUGCAGAAGAUGCCGGGGUGACGUGCACAAAACAAUGAACCAGAUCCAAGGAUACAAAGACUUUAAUUUUAAGCAAUUAAAUCAGCUCAUUACUAUCUUGACACAGACUGCAGCAUUGUGGGAAUGAGCUACAAUAUCCUGUAUACAGAAUACCAAUAAGCAAGCAGGUAGUUGAUGCUUUAAAGCCAAAAACAAUGAUACGUCAGUAUGUGAAUCAGUGUUUGUUAUUGCACUUUUGUUUAUAUGCAGGUGUUCAAUAAAGCCAAAGAAGGACACUUAAAAAACUAGUUUUAUAUAUCUCCAUAAAUGUAUUUUUUAUUGCGUAUACUAGAAUGAUUAACGCCAGGCUUAUCUGCUAUGAAGAAUCGGACACCUUUUUAUAUUUCUACAUUUCAAAGUUGGCCUUUGAGUUACCAAUUUGUUGUUGUUUUUUUGUAAUGUUUGUAAAAUAAACAUAUGGUUUGUGGUAUCAGCACUGCAAAACAACAUGUUAGAUCAAUCUGAUUUGAUGACAGAAUGCAGGCAUGUUUUUUUUUACUUGUACAAAUUAUUUUUUUUGUAACAGUAUGUGAAUUCCACAGUAUUUAAGUACAGUAUUUUAUCACUGUGUUUUCUUUUUAAACAAUGUUUUAUGCAGUAAAAUGAUGCAUUAAAGUUAUGAAAGUUU